UCGGCUCUCGGCCGGAGGCUGCCGCUCGUGAGAAGCCCUCCCUCCCGCGGUAACUUGGGGCGGGAUUCGGCCUUUCAGAAGCUAUCGCUGUGGCCGCCGUCUAGAGGCUGAGGGCAAUGCUUUGCACAAAUUACAACAGCAAAUGCCAUUUCCCCUCUCUUAGUCCUUUAGUCAUGUUGUUGAAUGGCAUACCAUUGCUUCACCACUGCUAAGAUUUGGAGUCUGUUUAGCCUUUGGGUCCCUGGACCAUUAUGGCAGCAAGCUACACACCUCCAUUUGAUGACCCUGGGGAGGUGAGAGAAGGCUUUCUAUGCCCCUUGUGUCUGAAGGAUUUGCAGUCAUUUUAUCAGCUUCAGUCUCAUUAUGAAGAAGAACAUUCAAGUGAAGACAAAGAUAUUAAAGGACAACUCAGAAAUCUGGUCCAAAAAGCGAAAAAAGCAAAGAAUAAACUUUUGAAACGAGAAGAUGACCGAAGCGACGGGGGUCCCCAGGAGCAAUAUGAAUCUUACAGCUAUGGUGGAGUGGAUCCAUAUAUGUGGGAACCCCAGGAAUUAGGUGCUGUGAGGAGCCAUCUUGCUGACUUCAAGAAGCACAGAGCAGCCAGAAUUGAUCACUAUGUUGUGGAAGUCAAUAAAUUAAUAAUCAGGUUAGAGAAGCUUACUUCCUUCGACAGAACCAAUACUGAUUCUGCAAAGAUAAGAGCUAUAGAGAAGUCUGUUGUGCCUUGGGUUAAUGAUCAAGAUGUGCCAUUUUGUCCAGACUGUGGUACUAAGUUCACCAUUCGGAACCGACGCCACCACUGCCGCCUUUGUGGGUCUAUCAUGUGCAAGAAGUGCAUGGAACUCGUCAGCCUUCCCUUUGCAAGCAAGCUCACCACUGCCAGCAAGGAGGUCUUGGCCUCUCAUGCAAGCCCAAACUGCUCACCCAACAGUGUCCAUGGCUCUCGCCGUGGCAGCAUUAGUAGUGUGAACAGUGUGAGCUCUGUCCUGGAUGAAAAGGAUGAUGAUCGAAUCCGGUGUUGUAGGCACUGCAAAGAUACCCUGCUCAAAAGGGAGCAGCAGAUUGAUGAGAGAGAGUACACACCAGACAUUGUGAAACUAUAUGAGAAACUCCGACUUUGCAUGGAAAAAGUUGACCAGAAGGCCCCAGAAUAUAUAAAGAUGGCGGAAUCAUUAAAUGCUGGGGAGACAACCUACAGUCUUGAACAUGCUAAUGAUCUGAGAAUGGAGGUGCAAAAAAUGUAUGAGUUAAUAGAUGCCUUAAGCAAGAAAAUCCUAACUCUGGGCUUGAAUGAAGAGUCUCAGCCUCACCCCAAAACAUUACAGCUUCAGAGAAUGAUCAGAUAUUCAGCAACACUUUUUGUGCAGGAAAAAUUGCUUGGUCUGAUGUCCCUGCCAGCCAAAGACCAAUAUGAAGAAUUAAAAGAGAAAAGGAAACAAGAGAUGGACAGAAAACUACAGAUGGAAAGACAGGCAACAUUUGACUCACACAGAAAACUAGAGGAGAGGCACGUGGAUUUUGUUUCCAGAUCUGUGGCAGCAUCCAAUGGAGAGAUUUCCCAUCCAAGAAGGGCUGCAGUGAAGAAAGCUGAAGGUUGGUUACCUACUUGUGCAGACCCACUUCUUCAGCAGAUUGAUAACAUCACAUCCUUCAUAAAACAAGCAAAGGCAGCAAAUCGUCUAGAUGAGGUCCGGAUGCUGCAGGAGAACCUGCGACAACUCCAGGAUGAGUACGACCAACAGCAAACGGAAAAAGCCAUCGAACUCUCCAAAAGGCAAGCUGAGGUGGAGGAGAUGCAGAGGGAACAGUUGCAGAUCCUUUGCGAAAAGGAAUGGGAGAGGGAGCAUAAAAAGAAAAUGUCUCAGCACUCAAGGACACGCUCCCUGGACUUCAGAGAAAUUAGGCACAGUAAAUUAGAGAUUGCACCAGACAGUCUAAACCAAAUAGCACAUGCUUUGGAUCUAGAUACGACUCUGAGCCAAAGUAACCCAGGCUCUAAAGUAUCUUUCCCAAGGGUGAGUGACCAGGGGCCAGCCGGUGAAAGCCCAGUCUUCCCUGGCCAACCUCCAGGAGCCCAAGAACACAACAGAGUACCAGAGCAAAAAAAGACUGUUGCACUUAACCCUUUUGAAGAGGAGGUAGAUACUGGCACUUUAAGGGGGAAACCCAAUAAUCCAUUUCCUAAAGACUCUUCCCCGGUGGCUUCCUUGCCCACCAAGGCCUUGAAUAGUGGUUUAAAAGAAUACAAUCCAUUUGACGAGGAGGACGACUGUCAGCAAGCGAAUGGAGUGGCUGUUAGUGCUCCGAACCCUUUUGAAGAGGAUAUUGGAAAUCUACUUCACACGGCUGCUGGGAAUCAGGAAUCCCGGGAUCCAUUUAAGUUAUCAUCAUAUCCCUCCACAAAUCCUUUUGAAGUCGAUGAUGAUGAUAGUGAAGUGUUGAGCGAAGAUAUCAUAGAAGAGGAAUUACUUCUCCAACAGAUAGAUAAUAUCAAAGCUUAUAUUUUUGAUGCCAAACACAGUGGGCGGAUGGACGAGGUAGAAGUGCUGACUGAGAAUUUAAAAGAACUGAAGCGCACAUUAGCAAAACAGAAGGAGAAAUCCAGCUGCUGAAUCAGUGGCUAUAUCUGCGCACACACCUUGACAGUCCCUCAUUUGUCCCAGAGGCCAGGCAGAUGGGAUUAAAAUGAGUAGCAGGUGGAAGAGGGAAUUCUAGGGGUUGUAUCCAAUCUUCUGCACUUUGGUGUUGGGCAUUUUCCACUAUAUUAGUAAGACUUGGCAAACAUUGUCCGCACUACUUAUAACGCUGUGGUAACCUAAGAGCUGUUUUACAUUUUUUAAUCUAUUUUAAAUUUCUCACAACCCGUUUUUAUCACAAGCAGACUUUGUAAGAGCAUGGUUAUGCUUCUUAGCAUCUCCUCAAUUUCUGAUGGUAAACGGCAGAGGGCUAAUGGGGGAAAUGGAUCCUUUCAAGCACUUGAAGUGAGGCAGGAAGCAGCCUGCAGCCCUUCCCUUGGUGUGUGGUUGCUAUUGCAGUAUUAUAGGCUGGCCUCCUGAGCCAGUUUUUUUCAUUAGCCAAGGGACCAGAUUGUCUUGUAAAUCCUGUAUCAAGCAUGUCUGAUAGAGCUAAGAUGGUAUCUUUCUAGCAGAUGUGUUCAGCUGCCACAUGUGCAAAGAAGCAGUGUUAGAAAGCAGGUUCCUGAGAUCCAGUGACUUGUUGAACUAAAAGGCCAAUGAUCUGACUGUGCAAUACAAAAAUAAUAUAAAGGGAUUUUAAACUAGAUAUGGGUAUUUGUGAUGUGAUAGAUGUAGUAUUUUUGUUUUAGGACUCAACCCUUGAACCCUGUCUUGAAAUUAUGAACUAUUUUGUCCUCUACUGUCCAAUUUGUUUUUUUCCAGGUCCCACCUACAUUACAAGCAUAAACUGGUUUUAUUAUAGUGGCUUGUUCCGGAACUAGUUCCCAGGGUUUCUGGAGGGGACAGGGGUUAAAAGUGCCACAGUAGCUGAACUGAUUUCUGCUUGCAGCAUGGUCUUGAAUUUGAUAUUCUUUGGCAAUUACUGUAGGGGAAGUACGUAAUGAGGUCUACUACUAAUGGCAAAUCCAAAUGGGGACCAGUUGUAGUUGCUCUAGUCAUCAACAACAGGAUAAAAAGCUGUCGCUGACUUUGUUACCUAUGGCAAAGCUUAACUCCUCUCAAUAUUGAAAUAGAAGGAAAAGUAAGGGAUAUUUUCAGCUGCUGCGUCUCUAGAGUGAAAGAGUGACUGUGACAUGGGCUUCAGGUGUGCCCCAGGUUAGGAAGCUCUGUGCCCAGGUAGCUCUGCAGUUUCCGUUCAUUUCGUUGAUGGGGCCUAUGCAAGCCCUGCUUUAAUACAUGGAGACUGUGAAGCAGUAGUGGUGGAGACUGUGCUGCUUGUUUCCCCAUUUGCAAAGCUGUGAAUGCCUGUCUUCUAGGAUUUCCCCCCCCCCCCAAUCUUUCAAAUGGGAACUGGAAUAUUUGGGGAAAGUUGAAAUAAUUGCAAUGGAGGGGCUAUUGUACCGUUGGUCGGUUUUCACUUGUACUGUUCAAAUUUGGUCUUUUAAAUGUCACCACUUGAAGAGGAAGCUGGACUUCUGCUUCUUUUUUGGGGGGGGAUGACAAAUCCCCCAAGAACUCUACCAGUUUUGCUGCACAAAUCCAGAACUUUUCACUUACAUUUGGUAAAGGUCUAAAUGCUAGAUAGCGAACAAUAGGGGUCACCAAUGAGCGGAAGAACACUAAUGUUGUAUUAUUAGUGGGGUGGGUAAUAAGUUCAAGAACUAAGACAGCAGUUUACAUAUUAAAUGUUAUGUAUUACAUCUUCAUCUAUUUGCAAUGGGGCUUUAGGCUGUUUUUAAAAAAGCAUAGAGGGGAAAACUGGCUCAACUAACUGGCUGCAUCCUCAAAAGCAGCUCAUUUUAAUCAGCUUCAUCCGUCCUGGGGAAACUGAUGUGUUCAGACCCAGCACUCACUACAAUAACUGCAAGAGAAAGGUGCUUAUGUCUUUAAUAUUUUUUGGAAGGGAGUUUGUGGUGCUUGUAACAAACCUAGUAGGACUGAGGCUGAAUAUCAGCAUCAGCCAAUGGGAAUACAAGCCUGGUAAAAAUGCAGUAACCUAGCUACAGCUGUAUACUUUUUAACAGAGCCCUACAGCUUCUAAGUGACUAUCAGCUAAGGCAUAGCGAGUCAUAUAAAGCAGAAUCUAUUUAUGAUGGGCAUCAAAUUUACCUGGUAUCCUUUUACCUAGCCAGCCAAAAUAAAUGUUUCAGUGGCUUCACAUUUUUUAAACAUGUAAAGCAUUACUUGCAUUCUGCCAUGUAUGUACUUCAUAGCCUAAUAGAUUAAGACAUACUUGUGUAUUGAUGUACUUCUUCCAGCAUCUGUGUUGGUUUGUAGCUCCAUGACUGCAAGUCAAUGUGGAAGGUAACUAGCCUUCUCACUAGGAUAGCGAUAGAGCCACCUUUUGACCAGCCUUCCAUUUGUACUACUGAACUGACACUAUGAAACGGAACAAAACCUUGUCAUUGUGAGAUUUAGCAUUAAUGACAUCUGUUUAUACACUUGCAUGCACUACUCUAGUU